GAAGCGCGAGCUGUCAUACGUGGGGGCGCGAGGCACGGGCCGCGGAGCAUCACCGACCGCCGUGUGUGAGUGUGUUUUGAUCUUCAAGACGAGUUAAGAAAAAAAAAUAUAUAUAUAAACAAAUGAAUAAAUAAGUGAAGAGGUGCACGAGGCAUUCCGAUGGUGCAGCGACUUCAAGGUGCAUCUAAAGAUUGAAGAUAAUCUGCAAUUUUUAUUCCAGGAUAAAUAUUUUGCUGGCAACAAGUGGGAUUUUUUGUUGUUGUUGUUGUUGUUGUUGAAACAAAAAUAAAUAAAUGGAGGAGCGGAAGGAUCCGUCCGAGCGCGAGAGCGCGUCCCCUCCGGUUCUAGUUCGCGAGGCGGCGCCGCAGGUUCACCGCACCACGAACUUCUUCAUCGACAACAUCCUGCGGCCCGACUUCGGCUGCAAGCGCGAGCUCCUCUCGAGCAGGGAAAACGUCAGCCCGCUGGUCGCGAGGCCGUCGUCACGCGCGGACUCCACCGUCGAUCACCGCAGUUCAUCGUCUUCUUCCUCUUCGUCUUCUUCUUCCUCGUCUCCGUCUUCUUCGUCCUCUUCGCCGUCGUCGUCGUCGUCGUCCAAGGUGUUGCUCGAAGGAAGCACGAAGUGCGGUGACGGCUCGAAUCUCACGGAGGUGAACGGCGCUACCGGAGGCGGAGGCGCAGCAGCUACAGCAACAGUAACAACAACCACAACCUCGGCGUCGACUAAAGACUCCACGCAACCUCUGCUGUGGCCCGCCUGGGUCUACUGCACGCGCUACUCGGACAGACCCUCAUCCGGACCGAGGACCCGGAAGCUGAAGAAGAAGAAGAGCGAAAAGGAGGACAAGCGGCCGCGCACCGCGUUCACGGCCGAGCAGCUGCAACGUCUCAAGGCGGAGUUCCAGGCGAGUCGCUACAUCACGGAGCAGCGGCGACAGUCCCUCGCGCAGGAGCUCAACCUCAACGAGUCGCAGAUCAAAAUCUGGUUCCAAAACAAGAGAGCCAAGAUCAAGAAGGCGAGCGGCUACAAAAACGGACUGGCACUGCAGCUCAUGGCGCAAGGACUCUACAACCACUCCACCACCACCAUCCAGGAGGAUAAGGAGGACAGCGAGUAGAAAUGCACACGAGCAAGAUGAGGAUGGGGAUUAAUCCUGGUUCAAUAAUAACAACAACAUUAAACCCACUCAUAAUUUUCUUCUUCUCCUAAAAAUUUAUUUGUAAAAAAUGAU